GAGCCGUGGUGUGGGGAAUGCCAUCGGCCUAACCUUCUGGUCAUUCGAUGUUCGUACCACGAUCCCUUCACCAAAAAUUUGAGAUUGAAUAGAAAGAUUUGAUAUUUGGUCUGAUAAUCACAAGUCUGGCCAGUCUCGAAGCGCAUCAACUGGGCAAUACCGGCCCUCGCAAAAGGGAGCAUUGGCCCCUCUCGACCAGAUGGCCAAGAUGAAAGCUCUCCAACCUGGUCUCCGAUCUGUGCGCCACAGUCGCAACGUCACGAGCAUCAUCCCACCUCGCUGCUCUUCACCAGCCCUUCUCCUCCCCAUAACAUCAUCCUCGACCUCUCCCUGUCCCCAGCCAACUACAUCCCGCAGCUGCUCGCCUUCACAAACUCGUCCAUUCUCCGUCCUCAACCGCCCGCCACCGAAUUACCCCGGCCAUGUCCCUCUAACAGGCAUCGAGCGAGCCGCUCUAGCCAUCGGCUCAGGCGUGCUCUCCUUCCUGGACCCGCGCAGAGGCGAUCUCAUCGCCGCCCUCGGCGAAGCCACCGCAACACCCUACUUCGCGAACCGUCUCCGCCGCGCAAUGCUAGCAUCCCCAACAGGCCGCCGAAUUCUCCGCGACCGGCCCCGCAUCACAUCGACCUGCCUCGACCUGCCUCGUCUCCGCGCAUUGCCGCCGUCCACGGUCGGCGCGACAUACGUAGCAUGGUUAGACCGCGAGGGCGUGACGCCCGACACGCGCGCCGGCGUGCGCUACGUCGACGACGAGGAGUGCGCCUACGUAAUACAGCGAUACCGGGAAUCUCACGACUUCUACCACGCCUUGACAGGGUUACCCGUGGUGCGCGAGGGCGAGGUCGCGCUCAAGGCCUUCGAGUUCGCGAAUACGUUGCUGCCCAUGACAGGCUUAUCCGUGCUUGCCGUAGCGACGCUGAAACCUGCCGAAAGGAGGCGUUUCUGGGGGAUCUACGGGCCCUGGGCAGUGCGGAACGGGCUGCGGAGCGAAGAGGUGAUCAAUGUGUAUUGGGAAGAGGAGCUUGAGACAGACGUGAGGGAUCUCCGCGCGAGACUGAAUAUCGAGGCCCCGCCUGAUUUACGAGAUAUACGGAAGCGGGAACGGGCUGAGAAGAAGGCGGCCAAGGAAGCUGCUUUAGCCGCCGCUUCUGCGGCCGGGACACCACCUGCUGCUGCGGAGAAGAUCUGAUCGAAGGUGAAGAAAAGUGAAGGGAAGGUGAGAAAUUGAGUAAUUGUAUAAUCAACAUGUACUAUACUGUACUGUCCUGCCUUGUAAUGAUAAAAUCAGAUAGAUAGACUUGGAGAUAAUACCCCCCUGACCGAAAAGUCCCUCCAUCCCCAAAGAAACGC